AUGGAUAUUGAGACCAGAAAGUCACAUAUCACGAAUACAACCGAGGAUACAGAUAUUGGUAUCAUCGGCCUACUUAGCCAUACUCGACUCGCUUCCAGUCGACCUGGAAGAACGAUUAUCAAUGGAGGCGUCACUAGUUUCGGCAAGCUGAUCAUCAAAGGCUUGACCCACGAUGCCUUUGUCUGUUCCCUGGUACUGGCUAUCCAGAUGCCCACAACCAUGGCUAGCUAUACUAAGCGCAGUACAAAUGCUGCUUUGGUGUUUUUGGCAGUCUGCGUGCGGAUUCUUCUAAUGCGUCAAAACAGGUAG